AGGAGGUGGUGGGGAGGUGCAGUAGUCUGUGGUAAAGUUAUCUCAUCAGCAGACUUGGUGUGUGCAGUACAGUCAGGUCCUCCUGUACAUUACAGUGUCUAUAUGUAUACUCUGGUAGUGUAGCAGUUACUGAUGGAUCCGCAAUACACGAGCACAACACCCGGGCUCGAGUAAACCUCCGCCAAACUCCACACCAGACCGUUUGGGCGGCGAGUUUACCGCACAAUGUCGGUGCCAGGUGCUUUUGGAGACUUUCUGAACCGCUGAAGUGCAUCCAAAGAUGUUGCUGACACCGCUACUAGUGGUGGCAACUUGUGUCACUGAGGCAUUCAUCUGGAAAACUUGGGCAGCGCCAUUUAAUUUCCGAGAAAAAUGUCAACUGAUGCAUUUGGACAGCAAAUUCUUUGCAACCUGCAAUGGGAAAAGGGUUGAGGGAAAGAGCGUGGAUUUGAAUGGACGUGCUACCGAGCAUAUGUCGGGAGUGAACUUAACUUCUUUCCAAAGUGUAACGUUUGACUCGUCGGUAAAACUACGUCGCAUCAGCGUGUCAAAGACGUCUCAAGUCUCCCUGUUCUUGAGCAACCCACAGUUGACGGAUCUACAGAUUGACAAUGUAGAUGAGUUGACACUGAAGUACCAACACGAAAGGCAAACUCUGAAAAUACCGUAUAUAGCGAAUAUGGCCUUAAACAACAUCAAUACUCUUCGCUUGAUCGGCAAUGCUCAGGAGUUUGUGUGGUCGAUCAGGAUAGUCAAUCUGGUUAACGUGGGCGACAUGGAUCUCGGCUCUACCUUGUUGAAGAUAUUCGCAGAAAAUGUUCUCAUAUCCAAAACAAAAAUCCGUUUACACAACAAGGCAUCGUUGGUAUUCAAUGCUUCUUCGAUUGCCAUAGACAAUUCCGUCAUAUACAUCCACGAGAAUGGCUUCUUGAACGCGACAGUCAAUCAAAUUACUGUGAGGGAUUCACACAUAAACUUGGAGAGUGGAUGUCUCAACUUGGUUAACGCGAGAGAGGCCUUAUUUACAAAAAAUUCCCUGCACGGAUUCAACAACAGGCCUCUCAUAGUUCACGACAACGCCGGUGUGAGAUUUGAGGAAAAUGACAUCUUUACUCACGAUAUUGGCGGUGUUCUGCGUUUAAGCAAUGGAAAAGUGAUUUUCAGAGGUAACAAUUUUGGCUGUUACGAUUGCCUCGAUAACAGGAUUCUUUUAGACAGUGAUCUUCAGGACUCUGGAGAUGUGAACUACUGUUACACAAGCUGUAACCUCACGCUGAACACUUUCAAGAAGUAUUUAGCUGACAGUUACUUUUGCACCGAGGGUGUACUCCAUGUAGGUCAAGAUCGGUUGUGUAAUUCAAAUAUGAAUUCUCCAAAAGCAUUUGAAUACUUUUACUUUCUUUGGUGGAUCCCGAUUGUAUUAAUUAAUUUAUUGUUGAUUAUUUGCCUGGUGUUCUGGAUUUGUCGUACAAAAAAGAGGAAGAAACUGAAGGUGACAGCGUUAAACAAUGUGAAGCCCCAGGAGCUGAGGCGCGAACCGCCCCAUCAGAUCGCAUUUAAUAACGUUUGCUACGACGAUAUCGAUAGUUAUUUAGAUCAUGGCUACGAACAAGUGGAACCUGUUACUUGUAGAUAAACUGUGAUAUUUUUGUAUUACUUUCAAUGUGAAUAGGCUACUUUAAAUGUAAACUUAUAGAUAGCGUCUUAUUAAUAAAAUUUAAAAAAUAUUUUAAUUUUAUUAUUGCAAGUUUUUAAAACAUUUUAACUCAUAAAAUCACAAUAUUACAAUAUUAAUAUACACGUAUACAUAAUUCAUAUUGAAAAAAACUGAGAUGUUAUUUUCAUACCAUAAUUAGAGUACACAGAAGUGAAUACAUACAACUCACAAUAUUCGUCCAUCAGGAAACUGUUAUUUGAAUAACAUAUUUAACAGACAAAAGAAGGAAUGCUGGAAUUUUCAAUAGAAUGAUAAAUGUCUUUAUUAAAAUUA